AAUUAUCGCCCCCAAAACCAAAACCCUAACUGUCUUUCUCUCUUUUCAGUUCAUUCACUCUCUGAAACCAAAAGUACAAGAUCGGAAGAGAGAAGAUGGCGGCCAGCGAGCACACCGUUUUGCAGUUCAAUUCGCCGUCGACGGCGAGCCUAUCGGCGAAGGUUCACCCUCUCGUCAUAUUUAACAUCGCUGAUUGCUACGUCAGGCGUCCCGACCAAGCUGAUCGCGUCAUCGGAACGCUCCUCGGCUCCGUCCUCCCUGACGGCACCGUCGAUAUCCGUAACUCGUAUGCCGUUCCUCACACCGAAUCCUCCGAACAGGUUGCUUUGGAUAUUGAAUACCAUCAUAAUAUGUUAGUCUCCCAUCAAAAAGUGAACCCAAAAGAAGUCAUUGUUGGAUGGUAUUCUACUGGGCUUGGUGUCACAGGUGGUAGUGCAUUGAUCCAUGAUUUUUAUUCUAGGGAAGUACCUAACCCUGUUCAUUUGACGGUGGAUACGGGAUUUAGGAAUGGAGAGGGUACCAUAAAGGCUUAUGUUUCUGUCAAUUUAGCUCUUGGAGACCGACAACUUGCUGCUCAAUUUCAAGAAAUUCCUCUUGAUUUGCGUAUGGUUGAAGCUGAGCGAGUCGGAUUUGACAUCCUCAAGACAACAGCCGUUGACAAAUUGCCAAAUGAUUUGGAAGGAAUGGAAGUCACAAUGGAAAGACUAUUGGCUUUGAUAGAUGAUGUCUACAAAUAUGUUGAUGAUGUUGUGGAAGGGCGUGUUCCUGCAGAUAACAGCAUAGGUAGAUUUAUAGCAGAUACGGUAGCAUCCUUACCUAAACUAUCUCCUCAAGCUUUUGAUAAGCUUGUGAAUGAUAGUCUGCAGGAUCAAUUGCUGUUACUAUACUUGUCAAGCAUUACCAGGACACAAUUGGGCUUAGCAGAAAGGUUGAAUACAGCUGCUCAGAUCCUGUAACUUCUGUCCAAGCAAUAAAUUUCUGCUUCUAGUCUAUCAUACUCUGUGGGUUGUGUCCAUUUUCUCUGAGAAGGUUGUGUAAUUCUUAUUCGUGGUUUUCAGUCGAUAAAAUUGCCCCCAUAAUUGCCAGGUUACUUCUCUUAAACAAUAUCCUUCUUGAGUGAGGUUGAAUUAAAUUUUGUUUUAUAAUUCCUUCCCUGUUCUUUAGAAAUCUUAUGUGUUGUUUUAUCUAUAAAUGGAACCAUCCUGAAUUGAGAA